AUGGUGGAAUCGGGCACGGCUAGGAAGCGGAAGGAAGAGGACUCCCCACCUAACGCUUCUCCCGGUCCGGUGGCCUCCUACUCGCUUUCGUUACGCCUUUGGAGUUUCCAGGCGCCCCGACGAUACGCGAAUGUUCAUAGUUCCUCGUUCUCAAGACUCUGUUGCGGGAGAUGCUGUGAACGCUCCGGGAAACCUUCUGCGAGCGGUUAUGAUAUCAAUCACGCGAUCAUAUCCAUAUUUUCUCAAUCGUCUUGUUUCGUUUUUCUUAUUACCUCUCUCUCUCUCUCUCUCUCUUUCUCUCUCUCUCUCUCUCUCCCUACAUUCAACCUAUUCUCACUCACCCGCGCUUCGCAAAUCUCGAUCUCCCCACAUCUCUAUCUCCUCUUCUUUCUUUCCGCGUAUUUCUUUUUCUCUCUUUUUCCCAUUUAUUCUCAUCAUGUUUUCCUCUCCUUCUCUUCUUUUUGUUCAUCUAUUUUCAUUACCACCUCCCCCCCUCUCUCUCUCUCUCCUCGCCUCUAUUUCCAUUACCCCUCUGUCCUUUAUUUUAAUCUUCUUUCUUUCAUCCUCUUUCAUCGCCCCUCUCACUUCUCUCCUCUUUUUCCGCCACCUCUUUUCUUUUUCAUUUCAUUUCUCAUCUCCCCUUCUUCAAUCCUCCUCUCUCUUUUCAUACUCUCUCUCUCUCUCUCUCUCUUCUUUUUGAUCCCCCUCUCUCUCUCUUCUCUCCUCCAUCUGAAUCCCGUCUCUCUUUCUUUUCUCCUCAAUCUGAUUCUCCUCUUUCUUUCCUUCAUUUUCAUCCCCCUCUCUUUCUUCUCUUCUCCAUUUUUAUCCCUUCUCUCUUUCUUUUCUCCCCAAUCUGAUUCUCCUCUUUCUUUCCUUCAUUUUCAUCCCCCUCUCUUUCUUCACUUCUCCAUUUUUACUCCUUCUCUCUUUCUUUUCUCCUCAAUCUGA